AUGUCAUCAUCUCGCUCACCAUCGACCAACCCUACACCGCCAACGCACACCACCACAACAACGCUAUCCUCGACACUCCUAACCAGCACCUCCCCACCCACGCUCCAAGAAUCGAUCAAAAACUCGACGAAGCAGUGGCAGGAGGACCUUGCCUCGCUCUUCAAGCACGCAAAGGACCGGUUCCCAGAUGUGGUUUGGGAGACGUCGAACGAGGGGUUGUUGGAGGACGAUGGGCUGGGGCUGUCGGAUGGGUUUAGUGUUAGUUAUGUGAAUGGGUAUGGGGACGAGGAGGAGAGGAGGAGGACGGUGUUGAGUCGUGUGAGGGUUGAGGAGGUGUGGGGGCAUAAAGCGAUUGUAUAUGCACGCGCUCCCCCGUCGUUCCAGAACCGGUAUUUCUCAUUCAACAGGCCGCACGGCGCGACGUCGCCUUUGGGGUACAACCAAUCCGAUGACUACCACGGGACCGACGAUGACCACCACUCGCAUUUCCAGCACCAGCAGAGUCUCUACCCAGCGGAAUCGAGUGUCUCGCUCGGCCUCGACCUGCGCACGCCCUCGCCUUACCGCAGCGGCACGCCCUCGUCGAUGGUCCACCCGACGACGAAUCUAUUACGUAUCUCGACGACAAUCAACCCGGCUUUGUUCUCCAAUGAGCUGGAGUACCUCUACACCGGCCAAGGCUUCGGCGAAGCCUUUGAAUUCCUGUUCGAUUCGUCCGAGCAUGCGGCUCUUGGUGGUGGACUCGUUACCGGCGUCGACGGCGAAGACGGGGAGGGUGGUGGAGGAGGAGGGGUGGUAGACGCCGAAGCACUUCGGAUCGAUAAGCUGCGCAAGGACCUGGUGUUCAUGUGGCGCUCGCGGUUGUACUCGGACGUGCGUAUUGCGCUGACGGGCACUUUUGCGAGUUCUAGUGGGACGCAUGAGAACACCACCGCUAUAUUCUCGAGUCAUCGGUUUAUGCUCGUUUCGAGGAGUCCGUAUUUCCAUUCGGCGUUGCUGGGAGGGUUUAAUAGUAAGAGGAGGAUUGGAGGAGUUGGAGGAGGGAUUGGGGGAGGGGACGAUGGAGACCCGCCGACGCUUACGCUGCCUUCGCCACCCUUCACACCCGCCUCUCUGCAUUUCACCUUGGGAUUCAUUUAUACCGGCACCCUCAUCUUCAGCCACAGGACGUACGACCUCUCCACCGCCUUUGCCAUCCUCCGCGCCUCGCUCUACCUAUCGCUCACCACCCUCCACGACGAGAUCCAAGCACGUAUCACGACUGAGAUGCUGCACGGGUUGUUCCACGCCUUCCUGCCCUUUGCCGAAUACGAGAAACUCACGCAAGGAAAGUGGGGUGUUGGGGGGUGCAGGUGUAGGCAGUGCGCGAGGAGGGCGCCGAGGGUGUUGGAGUUUAGUUUGGAACCGGACGUAGGGAACCAGCAUCUCGAGCGAGGCGCCAGACGCGCACUGGUAGGCCUCUUCGGCGAGGGAUGGUGUACAACCGAAUUCGCGUCCCUCCCUCCCAAACUGCGCGAGUCCCUCCUCAAAGGCCUAGCCAAACGCACCACCCCGCAAAACGUCUGGGCUCUCCUCUUCGCCGCCGAGCACGCCUUGCUCAAACUCGGCCCCGUAAUAGACGCCUGGGCUGAUACGGUUAGGGAGAACAUUUUUGCGGCGAGGAAGGUGGUGGAUGAGGUGCUGUGUAGGGAGAGUGAGAAGUGUUUUGGGAUGGAGGAGUGGGUUGUGGGUGUGGUUGGGGAGGAUGGGGAAGGGGUUGGGUUUGAGGAUAUGGAGAAGGUUGAGUGGGCUAUGGCCGCGGUUUUGAGAGGUGUGAGGGAGAGGUGGGCCGCGGGGGUUUAUCAGACACUAGUAUCCUCCAUCCUCCUACGCCCUCACCCGACUGAAGAAAACGCACCUCUCCUCAGCGCUACAUCCCCGAUUAGACAACAUGUGGAACAGACGAGGCUGGAGUUGCUCAAGUGGAUUGGGAAGCGGUGGAUUGGGAUACGGAAUGAACAUGGGUUUGAUGAGCUUGAGGGGUGGGCGUUGAAGGAGAUUAGUGAUUAUAUCGAAGUACCUAUCGAAGAUCUGCUCAACCCCAUCCCCGCCGAGAAGUCGUCACCGCGUGCAGGUGGCGGGCACGCUCAAUCCGCUUCAGCAGCCUCGCGCACCAAGACCGGUUCAGCCUUCCUCCGUCCUCACUCGCAGCACCCACACACCUCGCGAAUUGACGCCGACAGCGACACUGCGUCUUCGAUGCGCGUUAGCGUUCUUACUCGCAACACCAGCACUGUUUCUAGCAGCAAUAGGUAUGGGGAGAGGAGCUAUACGGCUUCGUUGACGCCCUCGAGGAGGAGGGGUGGGGGGAACGAGAGUGUGGCUAGUAGUGUGAGGAGUUCGGCGAGGAGCACGGCGACGUUUGAGAGUGGUGCUAGUGGGAGUACGGUGGGUGCUAGUGGGAGGAGGAGGGUCACGGGGGGUGGGUCAUCCGUCGUCAGUUCGUCGGUGGCUAGUACUCGACGCGAGGCUUCCUCUACGGUUUCGUCUUCGCGCGCUGGAGGGGCGAGGGAUGGGGAGGACUCGCCUGCGAAACGGAUUGCUGCGAGUGUGAGGAGCAGGAUGAAGGCUGAUGAAGUUAGGGAGAGGGAGAGGGAACGGCCGGAUUCGAAGUUGACGCCUGUGGAGGCGGAUGUGUUGCGUGCUGGUGGUGUGGAGAGUUUGUAUGGUGACGAUGAAGACCUUGACGACAACAACGACGAUGAUGAUGAGGAUGAGGGGGAGAUGAGGACUGCGCCAGAGGGGAGGUCGACUGUCCAUGAGGAUGAUGAUGAUGGUGCGUUGACGGAGACUGAAGCUGGGGAUGGGGAGGAUAGGGUUACGGAUUUGGAGGAUGGGGAGGAGGAGCCGCAGGAGGGUGAUUCGGAUAAGAGUGUGGAUGGGCGUAGCACGUCUACGGCUGGAGGACGACGUCAAGCACGACAGGUUAAGCGGACGCCUACUUCCGCUUCCUCUUCUACCACCUCCUCGUCUGUUGCUGCGAGGUCGACCGCCAACCGCACGCCUACCAGGACAAACACGAUGUCUUCGAGGCGCACGACGCUUUCGAAUGCGAGUUCGAUGAGUGCUAGUCCGGCUGUUAAGAAGAUGGUCAUUACGAGGGCUAGUUUGGCGGGAUCGGGAGUGAGUUUGUCGACGAGGGGGUCGGUUAGUUCGAUGAGGAGUGCGGCGAGUGGGGUUGGUGGGAGGAAGGUUAGUGGGGGGAGUGUGGUUAGUGGUGUUAGCGGUGUUAGUGGGACCACAGGGCUCAGUAGGAGUACGGGCGUCAGUGGGAGCACGGGUGUCAGUGGCCGACCGAGUUCGAGGGGGAGUACGAGGACGGGUACGGGUACGACGCUCAGUUCGAGGUCUACGGCUUCGAGGUCCACACUUUCAUCCAUCACGACGUCGACGACUUCCACCAGGAGUUCGACGUCGAGACCCGCGAGUCGGCUGUCGAGUGUGAGCACGAGUACGGCGGGUGGUGGGAGGCCGGUGUCGACGGUUAGCACGGCCUCGAGUACGACGGAGGGUACGUGGCGGACGGCCUCGCAGGGUGGUGGGCUGGCUACGUCGCCGCUGUCGCCGACGGCUCCGUCCUCAGCGAGGACGAGGAAGACGAGUGCGGCGAGUACGGUUUCGACGGCGAGUGUGAAGACGACGACGACUGCUACUACUGCGUCUGCUGCGAGGGCGAGGAAGGUGUCGACUGGGAGUGUGGCGUCGAGGAAGGAACCACCUGCGGGUGCGAGUGCGAGUGCGAGAGCGAGGAAGGUUUCGACGGGGAGUGUGAGCAGUGUGGCUAGUUCGAGGAGUCCGGUUGCCAGGAGGGGAGGAGGGAAGGCUCCGCCUGUUCCUGCUAUUGACCCGACGAGGUUGGCUCCGGCGGUGGGUGGUAGGAGGAGUGCUGGUGUGUCGCCUACGGCUAGUUCGUUCAAGGGUACGUCGCCGACGACGAGUACGAGCAAGCCUGGUUCCUCGCCUUCGAAUAGCACGCAGAGGCCUGGUGCGGCGGGUGGUAGAACGAGCAAGGGAACGCCUUCGUUGAGGAGUUCGGCGUCGUCUGCGAGUUUGGCGAGUACGGCUGGUGGUGGGAAGAAGGGUGUGGGAGCUGGAGGGACGGUCAAGAAGGUUGCGUCGAGCCCUGCUGCGGGUGGUGGUAGUGCCAAGGGUGGAGAGAAGGAGGACGAUAGAUCAAAGCGAUCGCCGGAGAAGAAGAGCGACAGUCUGCCCACGACGCCAGCGCUAUCCACCAAGUCUCUCGGGUCGUCGACGAGUGUAUCGUCGGACGCCACGUCUGUCGCUGGUGGGGGCGAGCACAAGAAGACGAGCAGUUCGGCGUCGAAUUCGAGUGUGGCGACGCUUACGAUGAAGAAGCGCGAUUCGGUGGAUACGAUUACGGGUCGCACGAGGGCGGCGUCGCCGCCUCUACCCGCCCUCCCGCAGCAGGAGGAACCCGAGCCCUACGACCCGGCGGAUUAUGUGCCCAAAGGCGCGACCCUCGACAUUGGUAUCCCGUGCAUCAUCUCGUGCAAGCGCAAGCGGUUCAAGGCGUAUGCGCGGUACAUUGGCGAGGUGGCGGGCGAGCUGGGUCCGUGGGUCGGCGUCGAGGUGCCCAUGCCGUCCUGGGAGUCGGCGAAUUACGGGUACUCGUCGAUUAGUUCUUCUUCCACCUCGGCCUCGUCGCACCCGACCAGCGAGAUUGACGAUCGGCAGUGGAACGACGGGAGUUGGGGCGGGAUUCGGUACUUUGAGAUUUCGAAUCAUGGAGGGGAUGGGUGGGGCGGUGAGGAUCGUGCGUCGAGGCGGCGGAGGGUGGAUGCGGGGAGUGUGGGUGGUGCGGUGUGGGGGCACCAGUCGUCCUCGUCGUACUCGGGGAGCAGCAGUAUGUUUGGGGGGAGUGUGUUUGGGAGGGGGACGUUGAAGAGGGAGGGGGAUACUUUGAGCAUCAACGCGGAUAGGAUGAAGAAGAUGAGGAGUGUUAGUCCGACUAUGAGCGAGAGCAGUAGUAUGGUGGAGAGUCGGGGCUUGUUUGUGAGGCCUCAGCAGGUGCUGUAUGUCGUGGAUGCUAUUGGGCCGGAUUAG